CGAGCAGUGCAAGCCAAGCAUUCUACUCAGGCUCUCGAUCCCCCUCUAUCUUCUCGGCGAGCUCGUCGUCCCUGCAUCCGAGUUCUUUCUGUGGUUUCGGCCAUGGAGAUGAUCGACGCGGAGCUGCGUCUCGGUCCGCCCGGCGGCGAGGUUACGGUCGUGCAGCCGGCGAGGAAGCCGGCGGCGGCGAAACGGUCGUCGUCGGCGGUGAAGAGCGAGGCCUCCGGGACCGGUGGCCAUGACGACGACGCCGCGCCGGCCUCCAAGGUGCAGGUGGUGGGGUGGCCGCCGGUCAGGGCGUACCGGAAGAACGCGUUCCAUGCGACUGCGGAGGCGGCGUCGGCGAGGACGAAGGGCGAGCAGGGAGGUCUGUACGUGAAGGUGAGCAUGGACGGGGCGCCCUACCUCCGGAAGGUGGACCUGCGGACGUACGGCGGGUACAGGGAGCUGAGGGACGCUCUGGACGCGCUCUUCGGCUGCUUCUCCUCCUCGGCCGUCGACGGCGGCUGCCAGUUCGCCAUCGCCUACGAGGACAAGGACGGCGACCUCAUGCUCGCCGGCGACGUGCCAUGGGAGAUGUUCAUCUGUUCUUGCAAGAAGCUGAGGAUCAUGAGGGGCUCUGAAGCAAGAUGAUCCGAGUGUCAACGUCCAUCGCGAGCAUGAGAGAGUUUCUUGGACGCGUGGAUCAGAUGUAUAUGGUCAUCUGGUCAGACUCACAAGAGAGAUCUAUCGAUCACCCGAUGGAUGCGCAUGGUGCUCCAUCGAUCUAUGGACAUGGGAUUGAAGGCGUCGGCCGGAUACCUGCAUGGGGAGGGCGGCCAGCCCAUACGUGCAUGCCUAGGUGCAUCGUGUUCUACGGCCAGGUUGCCCAUACACGAACACACACACACACACAUGAAUGUGAUGGUCCACGGAUUACAGCGGAGUACUCAUGCUGUCCCGUGCAUCGGCAGAUGGGCAGUGCCGUGUUCGUCUGCAGAUCACACACAUUCAACCAAGUAUUGGAGGGGAUGAAUAACUAGCUAGGAUCUGUGUACAUAAGCUGAAGCUGUUUCAUUUGUAAUUUCCCUUUUUGUAUGAGUGAACAAGUUUGAUGGUGAGCGAAAUAUGUGCAAGAAAAGAGAGGGAAAUUUGAUUUCAAAUAAAAUUGUAUCAAGGUUCUUUUGUGCCAACUGUUCUGUCUGGUAAUAAAGCUGCUUCUUUUUCAUCGUC